AACCGAAUACCCGAAAUAAAAAAAAUUACAAAAUCCUCUUUCGUCACUCCAAUUCUUAUCUGUAUAUAUACCUAUACAUAUAUACACGCCCAAAAAUCACAAUUGCACAAACAUAUCAGCUGUUACAUGGCAAUUUGGGAUCAAAUUUACACCUAGGGCACCGAAUUAAUAACGAUCAAUGGGUUCGCGUGUGAAGAGUGCGGCGGAUCGCACGAAAGUAGUGGUGCGGCACUUGCCGCCGACGAUUUCAGAGGCGAUGUUAUUGGAGCAGAUUGAUGAUAAGUUUACGAGACGGUUUAAGUUUGUUAGUUUUCGCCCCGGGAAUAAUAGUCAGAGGCAUCAAUCGUAUUCUAGAGCUUACAUUGACUUCCAGAGACCAGAGGACGUCAUAGAGUUUGCUGAAUAUUUUGGCGGGCACGUAUUUGUUAAUGAAAAGGGUACUCAAUUCAAAACUGUAGUUGAAUAUGCUCCUUCGCAACGUGUUCCGAAGCAAUGGUCUAAAAAGGAUGGACGUGAAGGAACUAUAUUCAAAGAUCCGGAAUAUUUGGAGUUCCUUGAAUUCAUUGCAAAGCCUGUGGAGAAUCUUCCUAGUGCAGAGAUACAAUUGGAGAGAAGGGAUGCAGAACGAGCAGGUGCUGUAAAGGAUGCUCCUGUUGUUACACCUCUUAUGGAUUUUAUCCGUCAGAAAAGAGCUGCCAAAGCUGGUUCUCGGAGGUCCUUGCCUAAUGGGAAACCAGACAGACGAAGCAGUGGAACAUCUUCUGCAAGCACUAGUUCAGCUUCACUAAAACGAGGCUCUGAUAAGAGGAGGACCUCAAAUGCCAUGUAUGUUCUUAGGGAUACGACAAAGAGCUCUGUUGGGAAAGACAAAUCUGCAUAUGUUAUUGUUCCUAAGAAAAAAGAUGAGCAGAUAUCUGAAAAGUCUAAUUCUGUUUCUGCAGCUGGAAGUGACUUUUCUUCGGAAAGCGGAGUGCCUGGAUCUAGUGAUAUUGGAAAGAAGAAAAUUUUGCUUUUGAAGGGAAAAGGAAAAGAAAUUCCAAAUGUGGCUAGUUGCUUGCCGUCGCAGCACUCUGCAGUUACUCCUAUUAAGAAUUCAGUUAUUGUUAAUGCCCCUAGACCGAAUCAUAGACAUGAUGCUAGUGGAAGGAUCAUUAAAAGCAUACUGCUUAAUAAGGAUUCACGACAAAACCCUUCUACUCCUGAAACACCUAUCCAGGUCAGAAAUCAGGAGAAAGACAGAAGGCCACCUCGAGCAUCUAAUGUGCAGUUGCAUAAGAAGGAUACAAAUGAGGCACCAGAAGACAGGACUUUGGGCAAUGAUUUACAUGGUUCCUACGCUGAGAAGCCGGAAAAGCGUACACGAAACAAGGAUAGACCUGAUCGGGGUGUUUGGACUCCUCUUCGCCGUUCGGAUGGAUUGCAUGCAAGUAACGAGUCAUUGUCCUCCUCUGCUUCGCAGCAUAUGACAUCUCUGUUGGAUACUUCAGAAGGUACUCGUGGUGAUACAAAGAAUGAUAUGACAAGUGGACGGAGUGGGGAGUCCAAGGGCAGCGGACGUGGUGGUCACAUGUCAGUUGAUAAUGGUUUUUAUAAACAAAGUAAUCGUCGUGGGCCAUUCCAGAAUGGAAAGGAUGCAGAUGGCUCUUUGAACCUAGGGGAAGCUAAACCUCUGAAAAGAGGAAAUUUUUCUGGUCAUGGUUCCCAAGAGAAGCAGGUUUGGGUUCAAAAGUCAAGUUCUGGUUCUUAGUGCUCUUCUAAUUGAUGAAUGCUCGGUCAAUUAUCACAAUGGAGUUUGCAUGUGCCUUUUGUCGGGAAUAUACAACCUAUACCAGACUUGAAAGCAGUGUUGUGGGAUUCAAGGCAGGUGUAUCCGUACGACCUAGAGGAAUCCUGUGUACUCGAAGUUGCAGAUAUUGAUGUACUUACUCUUAGUCGGAUCAAAGGAAUUUUGAUCUCACUUACUCAUAGAUGACCAAGAUAGGAUGGCCUAAUGGUUAAGAAAAGGAGAGUUCUAUACUAUAGAAUUUGUCAGUGUUUUUUAUUUAAAGGGUUCUGCUUGUAGUAGAGCUAUGGUUUAUCUCAGAUUCUUCAAAUUUGCUGAGUGGGUUAUCAUGGUUUCUUAGCUUUCUUGGUUCGGAUUGUAAAUACAUACAUAUGCCCCUAUGCAGUUACUACAGGUUGAUAUUUAUGCCUGUAUAUGUAAUUGGGUUUGUGAACGGAAGCAGGACUGCUUCCCCCCAGGUUGUUUUGUUCAGGAUAUAUAAUAGAAAUGGUUCUAGGAGAUUUGGGUCAAGUUGGCGGACCCUCUGCUCUAGGCCGUCACUUCACUCCGCUGUUAUUCAUAUUGUGGCAAUAUAUGUAUUUAUGCCUUAAUUGUUCUGAUUUUCCUCUCUAUGUGGGCAGACCAUCAUUGGGUUGCAUGUUGAUUGACUACACUCUUAAUUUUUAACAUUUAGUUAUGGUCAUUCUAUUUAUGAAUCUUUUUA